AUGAAAUUGAAAGCUCUUAUUCUAUUGUUAUUGCUUUUCAAUCUUACUUUUUAUGCUUCUGCUACUGAUUCUGAGUAUGAUCACUGUAACUGUGAUGAUGAAGAAGCGCUUUUCAGUAUCCACGCAAUACUUGUUGGUCAAAAAGUCAGUGAUUUUUUAAUUGCAAUUGCUUAUUUUUCAAUCCCAAUUGAAAUUUUUUACUUUGUUAGUCAAUCAAAUGUUCCUUUCAAGCUACUGUUUCUUCAAUUCAUAGCCUUUAUAGUUCUAUGUGGUAUAACUCAUUUGCUCAAUGCUUUUUCUUAUCAUGGUCCUCCUUCUUUUCGUUUGUUGCUUUCCUUUACUGUUGCUAAAUUUCUCACUGCUCUUGUGUCGUGUGCAACGGCGUUGACGCUUCCGCCUUUAAUCCCUCUCCUUCUUAAGGUUAAGAUUAGGGAGCUUUUUCUGAGGCAGAAUGUGAUGGAGUUGGGACAAGAGGUUGGGAUUAUGAAGAAACAAAAGGAAGCUAGUUUGCAUGUUAGGAUGCUUACUAGGGAGAUUAGGAAGUCUCUUGAUAAACAUACUAUUUUGUAUACUACUCUUGUUGAGCUUUCGAAGGCUUUCGAUUUGCAUAAUUGUGCUGUUUGGAUGCCGAAUAAUGAUAGACGAGAGAUGUAUUUGACUCAUGAGUUGAAAUCGGAUUCUGGUAAGAGUUUUCAUCAUAAUUCUAUUCCUGCAAAUGACCCUGAUGUGUUGGAGAUAAGGAAAGCUAAAGGGGUUAGGAUUUUGAGGCCGGAAUCUAAGCUAGGAGCUGCGAGUAGUGGCGGUGGUGGUAUUGAGGAGUUGGGUGCUGUCGCGGCUGUUCGUAUGCCGAUGCUUAAUGUCUCAAAUUUCAAAGGUGGGACGCCGGAGUUGGUUGAUACGUGUUAUGCGAUACUGGUUUUGGUUCUUCCGAGUUCGAACGGUAGGGUUUGGACGGGUCCGGAGAUGGAUAUAGUUGAGGUAGUUGCUGAUCAGGUGGCUGUAGCACUUUCUCAUGCGUCGGUUCUCGAAGAGUCUCACUUAAUGAGACAGAAACUUGAAGAGCAAAACCGAGCAUUGCAACAGUCUCAAAAGAAUGCUAUGAUGGCUAGCCAGGCUAGGAAGUCAUUCCAGACAGUGAUGAGCCAUGGAAUGAGGAGGCCCAUGCAUUCGGUUGUUGGGAUGCUUUCGUUGUUUCAAGAAGGUAAUAUGAAGCCUGAACAGAAGAUUAUCGGUGACACAAUGUUGAAAGUCGGCAAUGUACUCUCGAGUUUAGUAAACGAUGUAAUGGAUAUUUCUGAAAAUAAAAAGGGUGGCAUCCAGUUAGAGAUGAAACCUUUCCUUCUACAUUCGAUGUUAAGGGAAGCUGCUUGCAUUGCCAAGUGCUUGUGUGUGUAUCAAGGCUUUGGUUUUCUAAUUGAAGUCCAAAAGUCUUUGCCUGAGAAAAUUUUAGGCGAUGAAGCAAGGACUUUUCAAGUGAUCAUGCAUAUUAUUGGAUAUUUAUUGAACACGUGUGACCGAGGGAAUCUUUUUUUUCGGGUUUACCUUGAAAGUGACGGUGGCGAUAAGGAUGACAAAAAAUUUGGUGUCUGGAGAUCAGGCAGCCCAGUUGAGUACGUACAUAUAAAAUUUGAUUUUCAGAUUAAUGGUAGUUCUCAGUCUAGUGGAUCGAUUUCGACAAAACAACAAGUUGGUAGGAGGCUGAAUCACAACGGAGAAUCUAAGGAGAGUCUAAGCUUCAACAUGUGCAGGAAGUUGGUACAGAUAAUGCAAGGAAAUAUAUUGAUAUUACCCGACUCACAGGGUUUGGCGCAAGGCGUGUCACUUGUUCUAAAGUUUCAGACAGGACCAUCACUCGAAAGAUAUGUGAUUGCACCUAAAGAUUAUUCAAAUUCACAGUUUGGAGGCCUCAAGAUUUUGUUGGCAGAUGAAGAUGGUUUAAACAGGAUCGUGACGAAGAAGCUACUCGAGAAGCUCGGUUGUCAAGUAACUGCAGUUUCGUCAGGAUUUGAGUGCGUGAGUGUUAUAACUGGCUCUGGUGGUAACGUAUUCAAAAUUAUUAUGUUGGAUAUUCACAUGCCUGAAAUGGACGGUUUUGAAGUCGCGACUAGGAUCAGGAAGUUCAAUGGCCCUAAAUGGCCUUUGAUCAUAGCUCUAAUAGCAAAUGCGGAAGAGCAAAUGAAGGAUAGAUGCAUGCUGGCUGGAAUGAAUGGAGUGAUUCGGAAACCAAUUCUACUUCACCAGAUAGCAGACGAACUUAGAACGGUCCUGCAUCGUGCAGGUGAAAAGCUUUGA